UAGCUUUUACUAUAAAUAAGUACAUCCAUCUUCAUCUUGAUCCCCGGUUCUCCUUUGCAACCAACACCAUCAUAUCAUAGUUAUCCAUCUCUACUUCAUUGAUUCCCCUUUGCAACAGGUAUUAAGUGAUGGGCGGAAACUCUCCAUGUGCUUCAUGCAAACUCCUCCGGAGACGAUGUGCCAAAGACUGCAUCUUUGCUCCUUUUUUCCCUUCCGAUGAUCCUCACAAGUUUGCAAUUGUUCACAAGGUUUUUGGUGCCAGCAACGUUAGCAAGAUGCUGCAGGAACUUCCUGUUCAUCAAAGAGCUGAUGCAGUUAGCAGCCUUGUUUAUGAAGCAAACGCAAGGAUGAGAGACCCUGUUUAUGGCUGUGUUGGUGCCAUCUCUUACCUUCAAAAUCAAGUAUCCCAGCUUCAAAUGCAACUUGCAGUGGCUCAGGCUGAGAUCCUUUGCAUUCAGAUGCAACAAGAGAAUCCUUUAGAGAACCAGCAAAUGCCCAUGGAACCUGAUGACAAGUCCUUUAUUAUGCACAACAACCUUGCAUCACUUCCUCAGUUCAUCAACUUCCCUUCUUCCAGCAAUGUAUCUCAGGAGCCUCUUAAGAGAGAGUCUCUUUGGACAUAAAACUUUUUGGAGUUCUUUUUCUAAUGCAUUACUGUUUCCUUUUUUUCUUCUUCUUAAUUUCCUUGGUACUGCACAGCAUCAGCUUUUCAAGAAGAUAUCUUGAAAAUAUGGAAAGGGAAGUGUGAAAGAAGAUCAGUUCCAUUAACUUUGAUUUGCUGUUGGAUUAAUGGAGUCAACCUUUGCAUGUGGGAUAUUGAGUAAAUUAGGGUUUUGUGUCCUGCUUCCUGAACAAACUACUUGUCUUUGCCUAUAAGUGGGUUUCAAACAAGCACUCAAAUCUGUUGGCAUUUAAUUAAAGCAUGAGUCAUGAACACUUUAAUGCCUUUGUCUUUUUCUUAGUUACUAUUUAAUUCAAUUUUAGUCCCUGUUCUGACCGCGUCCUUCAUGUAACUAAAAUAUAAUC